AUGUCCCAUCCCUACAAUUCCAACAAUAAUAAUACUUCAGAUCAGGUUUCAUCUGAACAUGGCACUCACACUGGGGGGAAUUCAGUUAUGCUUUCUAAGGACGAUGUACUCGACAAGUUCAAUAAUUUGAUACUCUCUUUUGAUAAUAAGGGUAUGGACAAGAGUAACUUCGUUCCUGGUAUGAAAAUGUUUAUAUUUAGAAUGAAACGUGAUGGUUUAGGUUGUUUGCUUGAAAAUGAUGCUGUAUCCGUCCUUGGUCCGGAGACGUUAAAAAUGGCAGGUGAAUUUUUUUUGUAUUUUAAAAAAUAUUUUCCAGAUGGAUUUGAUUCAAGCAAUGGUUUGCAAAUUCUGAUUGAUAUCAAUGCUGGUAUUUAUGAUAAAACAAAAACAUCAAUUGUGAGAGAAAUUUUGCAGGAAUGGUCCAACUUGUAUUAUGAUGGUAACGUUAGUGCAGCAAACUACAUAACUAAGGUGAAAAAUUUGAUAGCUAAAACUAAGAAUUACCAUUGUGAAAUGAGUGAAUACGAGAUGAAAAGGAGAAUUAUCGCAUCUGUUAAUGAGCAUUAUCCCGAUUUUAAAAACAUUAUUUUGUACCAAAACAGUGGUAAGUUAAAUGUUGACUUCGAAAAAAUCUAUGAAGUUAUCAUAAAUUUAUAUGAAGAAAAAGAAUGGAAACCAAUCAAGGCAAAAUUGGUACCGGGUAUUAAACAGUACAAAGAAUUUAAGUUUGAAUAUGGGGGUACCAAGUACAUGCUCGUCAAUAAACGAACAAUCAGUGAUGAAGAAAUCCAAAUGAACUCAUUAACCGAUUCGACUACGUUAAAACAACAAGUUUUGAAAAAUGAAAAUUUUAAAAAUUUUGCUGUUGAUGUUUUGAAGUUUGUCACAGUUUCUACCUCCUCUAGAGUCAAAAAUGAAUUUGUUGAGACUUUUUCAAAAACUCUUGACAAUAUCCAUCAGGUAUCAAGAUUUAUUUAUGAACAUAAAGACAAGAAAACUGUUGCUGUUUCUUUUGAAGAAUCCAAAUUACGUCACUAUCUUUCUGAAUGGAAAUUAGAUUUAUUAAGAAGCCAUAAAAAUAAGGAUGGUUAUGUUCAAAUCGGCUAUGAUCAACUGAUUGCUCUUUUGCGUGCUACAGUUAAGUCUGUUAGUAAACAACGUCAACAGAAAGAAGAGGCCGCUCGUAAGUUAAUGGAAGAAACUAUUUCAGCUGCUGUUACAGAACAUGAACAAUUGGUUUCGGAUCUUGCUCCUUUUCAUACUAUUCUACAAUUGAAUGGAUCUUACCUCAAACAAUCUAGCGUCGUUCAAGCUAAAGCGAAAGACGAAUGGCUCAAGCAACCUAGAGAUGCGAGAAAAGAAAGGUUUGAUGCAUGGGCUCAGGCAUGGUGGUGUAAAAAUAAAGCAGAUGCUAUUAUGAUCGAGUUCGACAAAUUAGCUAAAGAUUCGACAUUAGGUGCGUUUCUUGCAAAACAAAAUGCGUUUCAAGAGUAA